CGCGUCUGYGAACCAACCGACGCUGAGCAGAGAGCGGAUGAAGAAGAAGCGUUUGGUGGCAUCUGCGAACUCCCGACCACUCCGCUUACUAUUGGCAACGGAAAGACGGUAGCCUCGACAGAUACAGCGGACACCUGACACUCAGCAACAGAAGGGCAACAUAAUACAUUUAGCUGUAAAAAGCAACAACAGUCUUUGCUGGAUAAAGACAGCAUUCACACAUAAGGACGAACGCCGGUGCUGAAGCUCAGCUGCGACUAGGGAGGUGUAGACGGCAAUACUCAGAUCUCAUUUGUCUGUGAUGAGAAUCGCCAUCCACCAGAGACCUAAGGCGUGCCCCCGUCAUCGUCUCCUCUGAAAGGAAGAGGAAGUGAUGUCACGUCACCACAACCGCUUCGAGAGGGAGUACCGGGGGAUGCCGUGGGAGAGGCGGGACAUCAUCCGUCCGGCUGGCCUCCUCAACGGAUCGGGAGCCAAUAACAGCUGCCCAGCCGUCAACGGUAACAACCGCCCGGGACUCCUCCCACUGCCCGUCAUCCCUUCCCUCCUGCCAACCCCGGUUACGGUUGCCGUGACGACAUCGAGUGGUGGUGACAUGGUUGUCAAGCGUCAAGGAGGGGUCCCAGUCACGGCCACUGGUGCUGCCAAGGUAUCAGGUGUGUCUCCAGGGGAGAGGGAGAGCCAGGCUCCAGGUCUGCUGUUAGCUCCAGGGGUGAGGUGGGGACAGACACCCAUCAACCAGCUCACACCCUGGGAGACCGAUGAACCCCCUGCCAAACAACAGCACAGAGACUGUGAACCCAUAGGUCCUCCAUGGGUACCUUCUGGAGCAGCAGUGACCAAGUCCAGUCUCCUGCCCCACUCCUACCCCCUCCAGCCCCCCUCCUUCAGCCACAGUGUCACUGUCCAGUCGCCCAUCAUAGGUGUGACCCCCUCCAUCCAAUCCCCCAUGCCCCCCCAUCCCCACCCACUCAUGACAGCCCACUUCCAGCUACCCCCGCACUCCACCACCCACCAACCCCCCGCCAUGGUGCUCAAAAUGCCCUACCAGCCACCCUAUCCCUUGGCCCAGCCCCCUGUCUUCUCCUCGCCCCUCUCUACCCCCUCAGGUGGUCCCAGGGGAGCACACCCCAACCAACAAAACCACAGAGUGAUGGGGAAUGGUCAUCUGACGCCUCACCCCCCUCCUCACCACUCUCACCCAGCUCACCCUCUCAUACAGCCCCAUGUCCUGCCUCUGACCAAUGGGCAGUUGGCGCGGCUAGUUCCGCCUACUCCAGUAGCCAAUCAGGAUGGUCCUAGAGGGCCCAAUGGGCUGCAGAUGCUGAGGACGGUGGGGAUGGGAAAGUACGAGUUCACAGACCCAGGACAUCCUAAAGGUCGUCAGGGGAGACGAGGAGCGGGGAGAAGCUAGAGCUGCAGAUGAGCGACAUUGGAGCUGAGGUGUUGGAGCUGUUGCUGGAGUUUGUCUACACGGGCUCUCUGGUCAUAGACUCCGCUAACG